CAUGGCGACUCAGUGCUGAGGUAGCAGUCCCAACAAACUCGGUGGAUAGACACACACCGAUAGCCCGGGUUCGUUAGCAUUUCUCUCGCCUGCAUCUACGCAGGGUCAGGCCAGAGAUGCCGGCCUGAGAGAGCAGCAGUUAUAUCAAGAGAUGCAACAGCAACAACGUCUUGCUCAACAACAACACCAGAAGCAGACGGAAAGCACAAAAACCAAGAGCAUGUUUCUGUCUAGAGCGCUUGAAAAGAUCCUCUCGGAUAAGGAGGUGAAGCGGAGCCAGCACAGCCAGCUGCGUAAAGCAUGUCAAGUGGCUCUUGAUGAAAUUAAAAUCGAGCUUGAGAAGCAAAAAGAUGGCACAGUGGUUCCGCCCCGAGCAAACUACAUUGAGGCUGACAAAUAUGUGCUACCUUUUGAGCUUGCCUGUCAAUCUAAGUCCCCACGCAUUGUCAGCACCUCAUUGGACUGCCUACAGAAGCUCAUUGCCUAUGGCCACAUCACAGGGAACGCCCCUGACAGUAGUGCUCCAGGGAAGAGGCUCAUCGACCGGCUGGUGGAGACCAUCUGUAACUGCUUCCAGGGCCCACAGACAGACGAGGGGGUGCAGCUGCAAAUCAUUAAGGCUCUCCUGACUGCAGUGACCUCCCCUCACAUUGAGAUCCAUGAGGGGACUGUACUACUGACUGUGCGUACCUGUUACAACAUCUACCUGGCUAGCCGCAACCUCAUCAAUCAGACCACCGCCAAGGCCACGCUCACACAGAUGCUCAAUGUCAUCUUCACCCGCAUGGAGACACAGGCGGCUCUGGUGUCUCACGAGCAGGAGAAGGAUAGACUGUGUUUGCCCCAUCAGAACCCUUCCACUUCCCCUGGGCGGAUGUCCGGUUCCCCCCGGUCAGACCACACCCUAGACUUCAGUGGGACCCCCUCUCCUGCGGCCAGCACCCCAGACCUCAAUACCACGCCCCUGGCCCCAGACACACCCUCCAUCAAUGGCCAACCAGAGGAGUGCAAGACUGAGGAGGAUGUGGUUGCUACAGAGGAGAAGAGGGAGGAGACACCACCUCCAGUUUUUGAAGAUCCAGUGCCAGAGACACCACCAACAGUAAAACAGCCAAUAGAAGAAGGGGAUGAAGUGGGGCAGGGGGAACGUUCCGAGGUGCGGCAUGGAGAGAUAUCAGAAGUAGGGCAGGGGGAGAGAUCAGGAGUAGGAGAGGAGGAGAAAUCAGAAGUCGAUUCAAAGCAAACAGAGCAACCAACGAGUGAGGUGGUGGAGGAAGUGGCUCCAGCACCUGAACCAGAGCCACAGCCCCAGACCGCACCAGAAGGGGAUCAUCCCCCUGAGCCUGAGCAGGCGGAGGUGGCGCCCCCUAGACCCAGGACAGAUACGAACCAGAUGAACGGCAUUAUGGAUGACCGUGGUUCAGUGUCCUCUACAGACAUCCUGGAUGCAGAGUCUAUGCAGGGUGGCCAGAACGCUGCUCGUUUCUCCCACAUCCUGCAGAAAGAUGCCUUCCUAGUCUUCCGCUCCCUCUGCAAGCUCUCCAUGAAGCCCCUGGCGGACGGACCCCCUGACCCAAAGUCUCAUGAGUUGCGCUCCAAAGUGGUGUCCCUGCAGCUACUGCUGUCUGUGCUGCAGGGGGCAGGGCCCGUCUUCCGCACCCACGAGAUGUUUGUCAACGCCAUCAAGCAGUACCUGUGUGUGGCCCUCUCCAAGAACGGGGUGUCCUCUGUGCCCGAGGUGUUCGAGCUCUCCCUCGCCAUCUUCCUCACCCUGCUCUCCCACUUUAAAGUCCACCUCAAGAUGCAGAUCGAGGUGUUUUUCAGGGAGAUUUUCCUGACCAUCCUGGAAACAUCAUCUAGCUCCUUUGAACACAAGUGGAUGGUCAUUCAGACCCUCACACGUAUAUGUGCAGAUGCUCAGUGUGUGGUGGAUAUCUAUGUAAACUACGACUGUGACCUGAACGCUGCCAACAUCUUUGAGCGGCUGGUUAACGAUCUAUCUAAGAUUGCCAUGGGGAGGAGUGGCCAGGAGCUGGGGAUGACCCCUCUACAGGAGCUGAGUCUGCGUAAGAAGGGUCUGGAGUGUCUGGUGUCCAUUCUGAAAUGCAUGGUGGAGUGGAGCAGAGACAUGUAUGUCAACCCCAACCUGCAGGCCAACCUCGGCCAGGAGCGUCCGUCAGAGGGUGAGGGUCCGGAGCUGAAGCUUCCUGACCACCUGGCGUCUCGUAGAGACAGCGUCAGUUCUCUGGACUCCACCAUGUCAUCUAGUGUCCAGUCCUCCCAGCCUGACCACCCAGAACAGUAUGAGGUCAUCAAACAGCAGAAGGAUGUCAUUGAGCACGGCAUUGAGCUUUUCAACAAAAAGCCCAAGCGAGGUGUCCAGUUCUUACAAGACCAAGGCAUGCUGGGAAACACAGCAGAGGACAUCGCCCAGUUUCUGCACCAAGAGGAGCGCCUGGACACGACCCAAGUGGGGGAGUACCUGGGGGAGAACGUGCGUUUCAACAAGGAGGUGAUGUACAGCUAUGUGGACCAGCUGGACUUCUGUGGCCGGGACUUUGUCUCUGCUCUGAGAGCUUUCCUGGAGGGCUUCCGGCUCCCCGGAGAGGCCCAGAAAAUUGACAGGCUCAUGGAGAAGUUUGCUGCCCGAUAUCUGGAGUGUAACCAGGGACAGACAGAGUUUGCCAGUGCUGACACGGCCUACGUCUUGGCCUACUCCAUCAUCAUGCUCACCACCGACCUGCACAGUCCACAGGUGAAGAACAAAAUGACAAAGGAGCAGUACAUCAAAAUGAACCGUGGUAUCAAUGACAGUAAGGACCUGCCUGAGGAGUACCUGUCCUCCAUAUACGAUGAGAUCGCUGGCAAGAAAAUCGCCAUGAAGGACAGCAAGGAGCACACUAUCACACCCAAGACUAGCAAGCACAGUGUAGCCACUGAGAAGCAGCGUCGUCUGCUGUAUAACGUGGAGAUGGAACAGAUGGCCAAGACAGCCAAGGCCCUGAUGGAGGCUGUGAGCCACGCCCAGGCUCCCUUCUUCAGCGCCACCCACCUGGAACAUGUCAGGCCCAUGUUUAAGCUGGCUUGGACCCCUCUCCUGGCAGCGUUCAGCGUGGGGCUGCAGGACUGUGAUGACCAGGAGGUGGCCUCUCUGUGUCUGGAGGGGAUCCGCUGUGCCAUCAGGAUCACCUGUAUCUUCAGUAUGCAGUUGGAGAGGGAUGCGUAUGUCCAAGCCUUGGCUCGGUUCACCCUGCUUACAGCCAGCUCCAGCAUCACUGAGAUGAAGCAGAAGAACAUCGACACCAUCAAGACCCUCAUCACUGUGGCCCACACAGAUGGAAACUACCUGGGCAACUCUUGGCAUGAGAUCCUGCGGUGUAUUAGCCAGCUGGAGUUGGCCCAGCUGAUUGGCACGGGGGUGAAGACACGCUACAUCUCUGGAGUGGUCCGGGACAGUCAGGCUGGCAUCAAGGGUUUCCCCAUCGGGGGAGAGGAGUUCAUGCCCCUGGGACUGGGGACUCUGGUGGGAGGUCCAGACAGGAGGCAGAUGGCUCAUAUCCAGGAGUCAGUUGGAGAGACCAGCUCUCAGAGCGUGGUGGUGGCUGUAGACAGGAUCUUCACUGGUUCCACAAGGCUAGAUGGAAAUGCAGUUGUGGACUUUGUGCGGUGGUUGUGUGCGGUCUCCAUGGAUGAACUAGCCUCUACUCACCAGCCGAGGAUGUUCAGUCUGCAGAAGAUAGUAGAGAUCUCCUACUACAACAUGAACCGCAUCCGUCUGCAGUGGUCACGCAUCUGGCAGGUCAUCGGAGACCACUUCAACAAGGUGGGCUGCAACCCCAACGAGGACGUGGCCAUCUUUGCGGUGGACUCUCUGAGGCAGCUGUCCAUGAAGUUCCUGGAGAAAGGAGAGCUGGCUAACUUCCGCUUCCAGAAGGACUUCCUCCGGCCAUUUGAACACAUUGUGAAGAAGAACAGAUCUCCCACUAUCAGGGACAUGGUGAUCCGCUGUGUGGCCCAGAUGGUCAACUCCCAGGCAGCCAACAUCCGCUCUGGCUGGAAGAAUAUCUUCUCUGUGUUCCACCAGGCCGCCUCGGAUCACGACGAGAACAUUGUGGAGCUGGCCUUCCAGACUACUGGCCACAUAGUCAUGAACACGUUUCAGCAGCACUUUGCAGCAGCCAUAGACUCCUUCCAGGAUGCAGUGAAGUGUCUGUCUGAGUUUGUGUGCAAUGCUGCCUUCCCUGACACCAGUAUGGAGGCCAUCCGGCUCAUACGCCACUGUGCUAAAUAUGUGGCUGAACGGCCGCAGGCUCUGCGGGAGUACACCAGUGAUGACAUGAACGUGGCCCCAGGGGACCGGGUGUGGGUGAGAGGCUGGUUCCCCAUCCUCUUUGAGCUGUCCUGCAUCAUCAACCGCUGCAAGCUGGACAUCAGGACAAGGGGUCUGACUGUGAUGUUUGAGAUUAUGAAGAGCUAUGGACACACCUUUGAAAAGCACUGGUGGCAUGACCUUUUCCGCAUCGUCUUCCGCAUCUUCGACAAUAUGAAGCUCCCUGAGCAGCAGACGGAGAAGCAUGAGUGGAUGACCACGACCUGUAACCACGCCCUGUACGCCAUCUGUGACGUUUUCACCCAGUUCUAUGAGCCUCUCAGUGAGGUCCUGUUGGCUGACAUCUUCACUCAGCUGCAGUGGUGUGUCAGACAAGAUAAUGAGCAGUUGGCCCGGUCAGGGACUAACUGCCUAGAGAACCUGGUCAUCCUGAAUGGGGAAAAGUUUAGCCCAGAGGUGUGGAACGUCACCUGCUCCUGUAUGCUGGACAUCUUCCAGACCACCAGCCCACACGCCCUGUUGACAUGGCGACCAGCUGGUCAGGAAGAGGAGGCUGGUGAUGGGAAACACAUGGAUGUGGAUUUUGACACCCAGUCCCAGAGCAGCUAUGACAGGGCCCUGUCAGAGAGAGGAGGUCAGAGCCAAAUAUCCACAGCCAGCGAUGAGACCUGGAAGGGUAAACCCCAUGCCAGAGUGUCAGACCAGAAGCUGUUUGCUGGACUGCUCAUCAAGUGUGUAGUGCAGCUGGAGCUGAUCCAGACCAUUGACAACAUUGUCUUCUACCCGGCAACCAGCAAGAAGGAAGAUGCAGAAAAUAUGGCUGCUGCACAGAGGGACGCUCUGGAGGAGGCUGCAGAGGUGGGGGACCCUGGGCAGGGGGAGCAGGGCAUGUACAGACACCUCACCUCCCAGCACCUCUUCAAGCUGCUGGACUGCCUGCUGGAGUCACACACCUUCGCCAGAGAUUUCAACUCUAACAACGAGCAGAGGACUGCACUAUGGAGAGCAGGAUUUAAGGGGAAGUCGAAGCCCAAUCUGCUAAAGCAGGAGACGAGUAGCCUGGCCUGUAGCCUGCGUAUUCUGUUCCGCAUGUACUCUGACCGGCAGCUCCAGGACUCCUGGCCUGAUAUCCAGACACGGCUGCUACUUGUGUGCAGUGAGGCCUUGGCCUACUUUAUCAGCCUGACCUCUGAGAGCCACAGAGAGGCCUGGACAAGCCUGCUCCUCCUGCUGCUCACCAGGACUCUUCGACUGACCGACGACAAGUUCAAGCCUCAUGCCUCCUGUUACUACCCGCACCUAUGUGAGAUGAUGCAGUUUGACCUGAUCCCAGAGCUCCGUGCCAUCCUGCGCCGUUUCUUCCUCCGCAUCGGCUCCGUCUUCCACAUCGCUGGUCCUGAGAUGGGCCAGGCAAGGCCCCCAGCGCCCUAGGAGGGUCUGGAGAUGGAAUGGGGAAGACUGGUGGCUGGUGGGACACUGAGGUGUAUGUAGAGUCUGGGAGCUCCCCUAUCAGGAGUAGGGGAGUGUGUAGUGAUGCAGGAGAUUGAAGCAAAGAUUGUUACCCUUGCUUUGAAAGUCAUCAGUUCCUGUUUAUCUUCUGCAAAGGAAAGGCUUGGAGUGUUGGUGAUAAGGUCUGGUGCCCCAUGACCCCUUAAGACUGACUCCCCCUAGAAGUUCUAGAACCCCUGCUGGGAGAAAAGCACUGUGACGGGACAGAGCUCUCUACUGACGGUUUCUCAACACUCUGACAUUAAAUGUCAAAUGUAAUGGAAAAUGAACUACAAUAAUUUAUUGAUGCUGUUAUAUAUAUCCUGUACCUGAUUUUGUUUGUUUGUCCCAUUUGUUGAUUUGAUUACUUUCUGUUUUUAAGAAUGAACAAACAUGCAUAUCCAAAUGCUAAAGCAAAUGAAGAAUAAUUACUGAAUAUGCUGAGAAGUACCACUGGCAGACAAGCUCAUUGGAAACCUGUGUCUAUAAGCAAAUUAUAAGACACUAAAGUAUCCUCAGUGUCUCUCUUAUUGUGAUGCGCUUGUUGAUCUGAUCCAAAAAUAUUGUAACAACUGAUAGGCCUGAUGCCAAGGCUCAUCCCUAUUACCUUUUCAUUAUGUCAAAUGUCCUCUUAAUUUGAUGUUGGUUUUUGGCCUCCUGUGUUAUUUGUAUUGUAGUACAACCUGUAUUCAGCAUCCCACUCUAGGAUGACCAUUGACAGGAAUGGCAGGAAUGGCUUGCUGUGCUAGGGGCUCCACAGGUUCCAGAGAGCCUUAAUAGAUAAGCCCUAUGGCUGCACUUGUCGGGUUGUUCACCUGCCACCAUUCCCCAUUCAUUCUAUCAUGUGAAUCACUAUGGCCUGUUAUAACAUUCCCUAUUUUACUCAUAAUUUGUUAUUUUUUUAAUACUUAUUUUAUAGCGAUAUUACAUGCCAGUUUACUUGAGGGGCUUGUUGAAAGGCUACUGCAGGUUCUGUUUCACAUUUCCUAUGUUUCCUCCCCAAACUGAGCCUUGGAGGGUUCUAAUAUUCUGAGUGCAAAAUUGAAUUAAUUGCUUUUUUCUAGAAUGAAUCUAUUGUCCUUUAAAGGUCUACAAGGCAAAGCUCAUGGUAUAUAGCAAGGAUGACGUUUAAUUAUCCCAUCAAACGGUUCUAUUUUUCUAUUUUCCCUGUUCUGUUUUACACCUAUGGAGUAUGUGUGAAACAGAGCCCUCUCAUGUAUUAACUUUCCAGUACUUUCUCAGCCUUUCAGUGAAAAUACACCAGACAGGAGAAAGAAUGAAGCAAAACCAAACGUUAAUCCUAAACAUGUUGGCGUAUAGCUACCGACUUUACCAUUUGUAGUUUAAUCCUGUCUGCAUUUUUUAAAAACAAGGAUGUAUGUAAUUAUUUGAAGUGCAUUUAAAUAUUUUUGAGAAGCAUUCCUCCCUCUUCCAGCUAUGGAAUUCUACUUUUCCCUAAAGGAAGGGGAUCUAUACAUAAAUAUACAGUAUAUGGGAGAAAUACAAACUGUAAAAUAAAUAUACAUAUUGUGAUGUAAUCUUCCAAGCAUUUGGUGACGUAAUCAAUAAACCUUGAAUUCAGAUCUAUAGCA